CAUGGAAGGACAGAACGCUUUUAUAAUAAACUGUAUGACGUGCGUGUUUCAAGUAUACGGAGUUUCAUCUUUGUCUGCCGACCAACCAACAACAUCCAUUGCUAAGAUCGAUUAUCGGGGUACUCCGGUACAGUUGGCACCUUGAUUCAGUGGCAGUUCUGUCCUGGGACAUAUACCUUGUUGGUGGAGUGGAAUGCAAAAACAAAAAAGGGAACAUUCUAGAAGCGAUUUUAAAACAGACAACUAAUCAAUUUUCAAAAUAACUAUAGGAUUACAGCGGGAUUACUAAAAGCACUUCAGCAUGUAUAUUUGACUUAGAAAAAAAGAGAGACAAGUCAAACUCCUUUUUUCAAAAGCGUUCAGUGAUUCCCACAACCAACGAUUGUUCUACAAUACAAAGGGUGUCGAUUGCUUGAGUUUUUAAAGCAGCCUGAACGUGUAGUGUAAGUGUAAGUGUUUUGGAUACAAAAAAGGGCUUCGAGUGGGGGAACAAAUCGUACUCGAAAUCGAAAUUGUUGUAAUUUGAACCGGAACAUUUUGUUUUCUAAAAUAAAUAUUCAAAGAUAUCGCGAAUUGAAUCAUACUUUUACAAAUUGACUAUUUGGCUUCUUUACAUUAUUAUUAUUAUUUUAUUGUUGAAUAAUUCGACACCUUAACCUUUCAUCAAUACAUACUUCUGUGACUUAUACAUCGCAACCAGUAUAUCAAUACGCGAACACGGCAGUAAUUUGUCCAAAGGUGGAGUAACUACGCAAAGCUGGAAUUUUUUCGCAACCAUUUCAGCAGAUCCUUCGCCAUGGGUGGCUGUGGCUCGAAGGAGGACAGCAGGUGCUAUUUACUGCAGACGUUAAACGAACACGAGGCUGGCAUCAACUGCAUGGCCCUGAGCGAGGAUAUGUCUGUUCUUGCGACUGGCUCCGAAGAUAAAACCGCCAGACUCUGGAGCACGAAAACCGACGAAUGUGAGUGCAUAGGCAUAUUAAGAGGACACACAGACUACAUAAACUGCGUCAUAAUCGAGGACUGUUUCGUUCUCACGGGAAGCGCCGACAAGACCAUCCGGAAGUGGGACGUCGGCACGUGCGAGUGCGUGCUGGUGAUGACGGGUCACACGAGCCUCAUCUACCGAAUGAUCUGCACUGGCGACUUCGUCUUCACCAGCUCCUACGACCGGACAGCGCGCUGCUGGGACUUCGACAGCGGCGAGAACAUCCGAGUGUUCAGGGGACACAAGCGAGGCGUGUAUCCGCUGAUCUUCAUCCCCGGUGACGACGACGAUGAGAACAUAUCAACUGACCUUGACAUCGAGGAGACCAAGGACAUCCUGAUCACCGGGUCGGCGGAUUUCCAUGCCCGAUCGUGGGAUUUCGAAACUGGGCAGACGAUGAAGGUGUUCAAAGGUCACAAGGGAGCCAUCACCUGCAUGAGCGUCGACCCGACCGGAAGGAUUCUCUUCACCGGAAGUACAGACUUCACGGUUCGGAGCUGGAAUCUGUUUAAAGGAACGCAGCUGAAGUUGUUUGACGGACACCAGGGUUCCGUUAUCUGCAUGCAGGUAGUAAACAAAAUCAUGUACACGGGAAGUUCAGAUCAUACCGGGAGGUCAUGGGUCACAGAGUUUGGUGACUGUACUCGGAUCUACAAGGGACACAAACACACGGUCAGCGUCAUCAAAGUGUAUGAUGGACUUGUCUUCACCGCCUGUGGGGAUAUGAGUUGUCGAUGUUUUGACGCCAAGAGUGGCGCCCUCAAGCGGGAGUUAAAGUCCCAUGAGAGCACAGUUACCGCCCUUCAGCUUGUUGAAAACCGUCUCUUCACAGCUAGUUACGACGGGACAGUUAAAGUGUGGGACGUGUCGGGAAUAAAACCCGAUACCAUAUUUGGCAAAGAAGAAGAGGACAAGGAUAAAAACAAGGACAAGAUGAAGGAGGCUGAGAAGUUUGGCGGCGUCGAACAAGUGGAUGACAACCAGAAUGGAAUCCAAAAUGGCGACGCUAAGAUAAUGAUCGAGUGAAAACAUUUCGGUGUUGAAUUUUAAGUCUUAAAUUUGGUGAAAUCAGUGAAUGAUGAACUUAAAAGACUACAUGUAUGAAAAGGAAAGAAAAACUAAUUUAAAAAGACUAUAUGAAAAGGAAAGUUUUUUUUUUUUAAAAAGGCUAUAUGAAAAGGAAAGAAAAACGAAUUUAAAAAGAUUGUA